CUCUCAGUCACGCAGCGCUGCUGUCUGUUUCUCUCGUGAAUCUGUCUGUGUAAUGAACACAAACACGCGUGUCUCUCGCUCUUCUGUGGGAAUAUAGGAGCUCAAUCUCUCAGUCACUGCUGCUGAUUUUACCGCAGAUUAACAGGCUACUUUAUUCCUGAUCUGAUCACUCACUGUGAUGAAACACCGUCCGCCACUCUUGUGCGGUUCCGUCUGGCACUGACGCUGCAGUCGAGUCUAGACAGACAGGAAGUCCAGGUCUGCGUUAAAAUGUCUGCGUGUGGUGAGUUUGCAGAGCAUGUGUGGAAACCCGGCUCCUGUAAGAACUGCUUUCACCCUCGCAGUGCGCAUGCGCAGACGGGCACAGCGGGCAGCGCCUACGUCAGAAACAGUCUGAUCGCUGAAGACGAGGAUGGGGUGACGUCUCCCUCUCCUUACAGUAAACCCACCAUUGCUGUCAGACCCACUAUGAUGAACAUGGACAUCACAACGGACAUGAACAUGGAGCAGGUAACUACAGAGAACCCGGAAAGCUCUAUUGGACUGAAGAAAGCGUUGGAUUUGGCUCCUUUGUUCAACAAUAGCAAUGGAUGUAACAGGACAGCAAUACAGAACGUUGUUUCUGGGAGGAAGGAAUAUUCCGACAAGUUCCCCCCAAACAUUUAUUCACCCACUGGAUUCUCCAAAGACUGCAUGAUUAUCAGCAAUGUAUGUGUGAGUCAAGAAAACAGCUGUGGUCCACAUAAUUGGAAAGACAAUGGAAACAGCGAUCCCUAUAGACCACUGGCACAAACUGUUAAGAGCACUUACGCAAGUGGAGAUUCAUGUCUUCACCAAAUGACUGAAAGAACCCAGUUGACUGAAAACAAUAGAGUUACGAGUUCUCUAAGGUCGUCUGUAAAGGAGAGGCAAACACCUUUGGGAAUCGCACCAGGAAAUGCGGUUAACGGAACUUCUAGUGAGACACCGAGUACUUCACCGUCUGCUACAGUGACCCCAGACUCUCAAGAAAACCUGUCGGACUCUUGCUCGAAUCCGAGCAGCACGAAUUUGUUAAUGGGACUUCCAAGCCCUCAAAACUCUCCAGAUUCUGCAAGCGUUCCUCCAAACGGAUUCGAGGAAAGUGAGCCAAUCUACGCAGAGAGCACCAAGCGGAAACGGCGAACACAAGAAGACGGGCAGUCACAGCAGUCCUCUGAGUCCAAAAUGGAGGUCAACAUCAACGAAAGUCAAAGGGCUACCAUUACUGUCAUGGCAGCUCAUACGGAGGAGAACAACCUGACGUUCUACUUGAGCAGCCCGGACUCUGCCGUAAGCACCCAAUGGACCCACUUCAGCCCCACGGUGCCCAAAGACCCGUCCAGCACAGUGUUCUCUUGGCCAAAUGCCCCUGAAACCACUGAAAUGACCCCUAACUCAUCUACCCAACCAAAGCCUCAAUCUAGUCCCCCAGUACCCCCGAAGAUCAACACCCGUUCACCAAGACUCGGUACCUCUAGUCUCUCCUUAAUACCUUUACCUGAGCUCAGCUUCCAUUUGGGCCUUCCUUCAAAAGACAGGACCCCUGUACCCUCCCAAGAGGACAACAAUCCUCCUAGCCCAGCUCAUGACCACUCGGAGCGGAGGCUCAAGCCUCACAGUGCCAGGAGUCUAGAGGUUCGUAUUGAUGAGGUGGAAGAAGAGGUUGAGCCAGAGGAGCGUACAACCCAGAGAGCCGGCUCUUACGGCAGGCCGGGUGACUCCAUCAAUGGACCUGCUGUUUGGGGGUGCGAGUCCAGAGAAAGGAGUGAGGGCAGUGCAUCGCCAAGCACCAACACCAACAAAAGCACCAGUCAGACGCAGACUGGUGUCCCAGCGGAGGACAACAGAGUGAAAGAGAGCAUCCUGACCCCAGUCCUCUCAAGCCCAUCUCCUCUUGUCAACUCCACUGAAAUCAACGCUGAGAAAGCUGCUAGUCGAGACCCGGUGCCACCUCCACCUCCUCCUAAGAAGCACCAUCGGGUGUGUAAUCGUUUGAGUGGGAGUAAUAUGGAUCUGGAGCGUGUCAGUCAGCCGGGAUCAGUAGAGAAUCUCGGCCAGUCGCUGCGAGGACUGAACUGCUGCACGAACACGUCUACAGACAGUCUACAAGCGCUCUCAGACACCGGCUCCACCCUCCACUCUUGCCCCUCCCCUUUUCCCAGCAGCCCGUUGGCCUCCGCCCCAGUGUCGCCACAGCCCGAUACAUUUCCUUGCAACAGUCUCGUUCAUCAGCAGCAGCCGCCUCCGUUACCCCAGAAGAAGCUGGUGAACCGCACGAGCUCUGCGCCGAGUGAAUCAGGAGUCAAACCGCUCGUCCGCACUCGCCCACGGCUCCCGUUCAGCGGCUCAGAAACGAACGUGAGCUGCCCUGAUGCUGCGGGCCCUCUGCGCAGUCACCCGUCCAGUCCGGUGGAGCCCCGCCCCCUGUACUCCUCCAGCGAAUCCAUUGAACGCUGCCCGCCCCAGCGCUCUCGAACCCUCGACGAGCCCCAUUUCAGAGGUCACGGACGGCUCGGGGGUCACAGUCGGGGGAGCGUGACGUCUAGCUCGUUACCGCAGCUCAACACGCUACUGUCCGUGCCGCCGGCCAUGGGCUCAACCCUGCAGCUGCACACACUGCUCAGUAACAUUGACAGUCGUGAGGGGAUCUACUCCAAACUGGGUGGUUUGUACGCGGAGUCGCUGCGGCGUCUCGCGCUCAAGUGUGAAGAACAUUUCAUGCGCAGUCAGAGAAACCCGCUGCGAUUCAACGAGAGCAACUGGUCGCUGUUUAAAUUGACCUGUAACAAGCCGAGCUGUCUGUCUGGAGACGCUGUGUAUUAUUCUGCUUCCUGUGCAUCAGACUCCCGCAACACGUAUGCUGUAAAGAUCUGUAAGGGUCAGUCGGCUGACAGUAAUCAGGCUCAUCUGUACAGUCUGUCUGUGCAGCAGAAUCUGCCAGCUCACUUUAACCUGCAGCAGGACUGCGGUCACUUCAUCGCAUGCGUGCCGCAGAGCAUGUUAGCCAACGAGCAGAGUGCAUCCAGGGCGCCGGGACCGUCCGAGCAGGAGCGCGUGGUGGUCAUCACACAAGAGGUUCCUCACCAGAGCGCCGCUGAUUUCGUCAAAGAGUGGGAGUCGUUUCAUCAGGCGCAACCGGAGGUUUACGAGCGACGCGUUUGCUUCCUGCUGCUGCAGCUCUGCACCGGACUGGAGCAUCUGAAAUCACAUGGGGUCACACAUCGUGACAUCUGCCUCGAAAACCUGCUUCUGGUGCAGCACCGGCGCUCUUCCACCGCAGACGGAACGUGUCCCGACCCGCAGCAGCAAUGCCUGCCGCGUCUCCUCAUCAGCAACUUUUGCAAAGCCAAACAGCGCAAUGCAGGCGACGUAACUGUUUGCGCCGAUCCACGCGUCAAUCGAGACCACACCCGUCUGGCGCCCGAGAUCGUCUCGGCCGCGCAGUAUCGGAAGUUCGACGAGUUUCAAACCGGCAUUCUGAUCUAUGAACUUCUGCAUCGACGCAAUCCAUUCGAGGCGACGCCCGCGCUGCGACAGCAGGAGUACAAAUGCGAUGAUCUGCCGUCCAUCCCGAGCGUGUCGAUGUACUCGGCCGGACUCCAAAGACUCGCUCACCUGCUUCUCGAGCCCGACCCGGGAAAACGCAUCCACAUCCAGGACGCCAAGCGGGUGUUGCAGGGGUUGCUGUGGGGGCCACGGCGAGACCUCCUGGAGCAACCCUGGGUGUCCGCAGGUAGCGUACGGCGAAUCGAGCAGCCCAGACAUGAGGGAUUGUUGAACUGGUUGGACGUGAAGCGCGCUCUGCUCAUGAUGAAGUUUGCGGAACGCUCGCUGGAACCGGAACGGAACGCCGAGCUCGAGGAUUGGCUCUGCUGUCAGUAUUUCUCCUGUGCUAACCCCAAAUCACUGUGUCAAACCGCCGAACUGCUGUACAAUGUCAAGUUCUCACACUGAAGUCACUGUAAACAUGUAAAUUCCUGCCAUCUUACAUCUGCUUAUUCAUAAACAGCCACACAGAUGUCCUUUACAAUGACCAUGUGUUAAAAACAAGAAAAGGACUUGCAAAAUUGACUCGGGACUUUUGGACAUGAAUAAUUUUUUUUGCUGACUUGCUGAACAUCAAAUAAUUCUGAUGAGUGUUAAAAACUGGAAAAUAGCAAACACAUCUCAUCAAUAUGUGGCAUGGAGUUAAAUUAUGUCUAUAUACUGUGUUUUUUUUACUGUAAGAUGGAAAACAGAAAUGAGACACCAGCGCAGGCCACAUCCACACUAAUAUGUGUUCAUUUAAAAACACAUCAAAAAAAGGGUUUCGAAAACACCACUGCAUACUUUGGAAAGCGAUGAAAUUUAGAAACUAAAAAUGGGGGUUUCAAACUUAAACAGAUUAGUGUGGACGUGGCCCGAGAGUUUGUGUUCUAACUGUUAUUUGUUUAUCUUUUUUUUUUAUGUAUUUUGGGGACUUUGAAAUGAAGUGAAUGAAUUCUCACAUUCACUCUGUCAUUUGCAUAUUUUACCCCAAAAUCAAAAUAAAAUGACAUUAUAUUUUGCUCCAAGAAAAUGACACCUAUUUUUAGGACCAUUUAAGAUUUUUUUUUGUAUUGUGAACACAUUUCAUUCACAAAAUGUUCACCAUUGUAAUGUGCAAAAAACUCAUUUCUGUGAUACAAGGAUAAAUCAUCCUGGCACAAUUAUUGUUUUUAUUAAUAAAAACAGCAUAAAUUAAGUUAAAAUGCUGCCAUAAUAUAAACUUCCAAUUGUAGUUUACAAAUGUACUUUAUAAUUUAAUUAAUAUAUUAAUUUCUUCAUAUUACUGUAAAGAGAAUUUUGAAAAAAUGUGCUUAAUUAAAUGAAAAUAAUGUCACAAUGCAAUUAAUCUUAAUGGUCCUAAAAGGAUUCAAACAGUGUUCAUAUUGUAUAAAUGAAUUUCUAUUUUUAUUUGUUUAUUUUUUUUUAUUGGGCUGGACAUGUCCGUGACAGAUUAACACUUUUGUGGGAAAAACAGUGUUUUAUUUUAGUUCAAUUAUAUUAAAUAAAUUAAGCCUAUUUUAUGACCUUUACGUUUGUUUUUGUUUUUUGUUUUUUGUAUUAUUAUUUUUAUUAUUGAUAUUUAUUUUCAUGACAAUGAAACACAUUUUACUCCCAAAUUCUCAUUACAGUAAUGGAAGAAAAAAUACUU